UCCACCUUUUAUUUUUUAAAGGUCUCAACCCAUACACGCCUACGCUUUCCACACCUCUCUCUCAAUUCCAAAAUGGAAUCGAGUCUGUCUUCACUGCACGAGCCUCACCAUUUCUCUCAUAACCUAACCUUUCGAACCCUAAACCCCAUACUGAAUCGCCGGAAUCUCAACCUAGGGUUUCGAACCAAUUCCACAGUCUCCGUUUCCGUCUCCAGCUCAUUCUCCAAAACCGAACCGAUCACCUCCUCCACACCCGAACCGGCCGCGAGCCCGGUCUACACUCCCACACCUCCGAACCGGGACCUCCGGACCCCUCACAGCGGGUAUCAUUUCGAUGGAACUGCUCGGAAAUUCUUUGAGGGAUGGUACUUCAAGGUUUCGAUUCCGGAACGGAGGCAGAGCUUUUGCUUUAUGUACUCCGUCGAGAAUCCGGCGUUCCGUAAGAGACUGACGCCGUUGGAGUUGGCUCAGCACGGACCUAGAACCACCGGAGUCGGAGCUCAGAUUCUCGGCGCGGGUGACAAGUACAUUUGCCAAUACAGUGAAGAAUCUAGUAACUUUUGGGGAAGUAGGCAUGAGCUUAUGUUGGGGAAUACUUUUGUCGCAGAAAAACAAUCAAAGCCUCCAAACAAGGAGGUUCCUCCUCAGGAAUUCAAUAAGAGAGUAGUGGAAGGUUUUCAAGUAACUCCACUUUGGCACCAGGGUAUUAUUCAUGAUGAUGGCAGGACAAAUUAUGCGGAAACUGUGCCGACCGCACGUUGGGAAUACAGUACCCGUCCAAUUUUUGGGUGGGGUGAUGUUGGCUCCAAGCAGAAGCCUACUGCUGGAUGGUUAGCAGCUUUUCCUGUAUUUGAACCCCAUUGGCAAAUAUGCAUGGCUGGUGGAUUGUCAACAGGUUGGAUAGAGUGGGAUGGUGAAAGAUACGAGUUUCAAGAUGCCCCUUCUUAUUCUGAAAAGAACUGGGGUGGAGCAUUCCCAAGAAAAUGGUUCUGGGUCCAGUGUAAUGUUUUUGAAGGGGCUAGUGGAGAAGUUGCUCUUACUGCAGGUGGUGGGUUGAGGCAAAUACCUGGGUUAUCAGAGACUUUUGAAAACGCUGCCCUGAUUGGAGUUCACUGUGGUGGAAAGUUUUAUGAAUUUGUACCAUGGAAUGGUGUUGUUAGUUGGGAAAUCGCUACUUGGGGUUAUUGGUCCAUGGCUGCAGAGAAUGAGACGCAUAUGGUUGAAUUAGAGGCAACAACAGAGGAUCCUGGUACAACAUUGCGUGCUCCAACAUCAGAAGCUGGACUUGCCCCAGCUUGUAAAGAUACUUGUUUUGGUGUGCUAAAAUUACAGAUGUGGGAACGUAGAUAUGAUGGCAGCAAGGGAAAGAUGAUAUUAGAUGUUAAAAGCAACAUGGCCGCAGUAGAAGUUGGAGGGGGUCCAUGGUUCAGUGCUUGGAAGGGAAAGACCUCUACUCCGGAGCUUCUUAAGCGGGCUAUAGGAGCUCCGGUCGAUGUAGAAGGGGCAUAUAAUUUGGUUCCACUAUUCAAACCCCCUGGUCUUUAGUAUCCUGUUCUUUGCCAUGUUGAAGGAAUGAAUCUACCUGUUGUUUUUUUAACUCUAGAACAAAGCAUGGACCAUGAUGAUGUUGGUUUGGUGUAAAUACAAUUGGCUCUUCAUUUUUUUC